CACCCAUUCAUUCCUCUCUCUUCUUCUCUUCUUCGUCCUCUUCCAUCUCAAGAAAGCUCAACAAACCCUAAUUUGAAAUACACAAACCCUAAUUGAAAACCAAAUCAAUGUCUGGCGGAAUUGGGCCGACUACCAAAGACAUCGCCGUCCCUUCCGAGGGCAGCGGCGGCGACACAAUCGCUAUCCCGGAACACCACCCGCACCAUCGCUUCCUCUCUUUACGGCAGCUCAACACCCUCGCAGUCUCCAUAGUCCUGGCCGCCUCCGGCAUGGUCGCAGCCGGUGACAUCAUCAUUGUAUUUUCAUCCUUGCCCUACAUCAUCUUCCUCUCACGCUAUGCCUUCCCCCCUCUCCACCCCUCUCAAUCCGUCGAACCCCCUAUAUUCGGAGCAGGCAACCGUCUUAUAGCCGUUUAUGUCGCCAUUGGAGCUCUCCUCGGUCUUCUCCUUCCGAUCGCCUACAUCUUUGAGGGCAUAAUGGAGGGAGACAAGGAGGGAAUCAAGGCCGCUGUGCCGCACGUGUUUCUGCUUGCGAGCCAGGUAUUCAUGGAAGGUGUGACGUUCUCGCAUCAUUUCUCGCUGCCGAUCAGGGCUUUUGUGCCGAUUUCCUUCAACGCGUUGAGGAUGUUUACGCUCAUCGAUUGGGUGAUGGUUGAGUUGAACAAGGAAGCGAUUGCCGGCGGUGAACAGUGGUCGGCGCUGAGGUUGUUGGUCGGUAAAGGAUUGGCGGUGGCUAAUUUUGUAUUCUGGGCUUUUAAUCUCUUUGGAUUUCUUCUGCCGGUGUACUUGCCGAGGGCACUUAAAAGACACUACGGCGACAAGGAGAAAUGAGGUGUAAGUUCUGUUUUUUUUUCUUUUUCUUUUUUGAUGAGGGUUAUGAUUGAGGGAGAGAAUUUGAUUCUCUUGUCGUUUCUUGUUUUCUUCAUGAAUUUUCCUGCUUUUCGUAUGUAAUAAUUUAGAACUUGAGUUGUUUUGAACAAGUAAUUGUAUUGUUUUGAAUUAGAGGGAAGGGAAGUCGGGAUGGAAAAAUUCCUGCUUGAUAAAUGCAGAAAUCAUGCCUCUUCAAUGUUUA